GUACAAUUUGUAGGUCAGGGUCGAGUAGGUGGCUUUUUGGAGGUGUGUUUAGUGAGUCACUUCACUAUUUGGGGAUGGUGAGGGAUCUAGCUUUCCCAAUGAAGUCCUCUACCAUCAAACUAUUUAUCCUGAUUUUUCUUCUCUUACUGGUACUCCAACUCAUAUUCUUCUACUCCUCAAGCAUAGAUGUUGUCAAUAUAGUUGGUCAACUAGGUAAUUCGGGAUUAGCGGAUAGUGGCGGUAGAUUUGGCCCACGUGAUCAAUUGGAGACACUUGGUGAUAUGGGUCGUCCAGUUGUCUUACCUGAGUUUCUAAAAGCUGAAUCUAAGCUCACAUUUCAUGUAAAUGAAUUCAAUCUUGUUGUUAGCAAUUUGAUUGGUCUACGUCGUAAUUUAGAUGAUUUUCGUCAUCCUAGUUGUAGGCAACCAAUACCAUUGGAUAAAUUGAUUCCAUUCAAAACAAGUGUUAUUAUUGUAUUUCAUAAUGAAGCUUGGUCAGCUUUAUUGCGUACUGUUCAUUCAGUUCUUGAUCGUACACCAGUACAAUUGCUUCAUGAAAUUAUUCUUGUAGAUGAUGCUAGUACUCAAUCCCAUUUAGGUGAUCAAUUGAAAACUUAUGUAAAUUCACUAAAUAAACCUGUACGAAUUGAACGAAUGUCAAAUCGAAGUGGUUUAAUACGUGCUCGAUUACAUGGAGCAAAAAUUUCCACUGGUAAAACGCUUACAUUCUUAGAUGCACAUUGUGAAGUGACUAUUGGUUGGCUAGAAACUCUACUUAGACAUAUUUCAGAAAAUCAAGAACGUAUAGUUUGCCCGAUUAUUGAUGUUAUUAGUCAUGAUACGUUUGAAUAUCUUCUUGGUUCUGAUCGUACAUGGGGUACAUUCGAUUGGCAAUUUAAUUUCCAUUGGGAAAAUGUUGUAGAUAGAGAAAUAGAGCGUAUUAAUGAUGAGCAUAAUGUUCCGUUACGAACACCGACUAUGGCUGGUGGUCUAUUCACCAUUACUCGUGAAUACUUUUAUAAGAUUGGUGCUUAUGACGAAGAUAUGGAAAUAUGGGGUGGUGAAAAUAUUGAAUUAUCAUUUCGUGUUUGGCAAUGUGGCGGUGAAUUACUAAUCGAUCCUUGUAGUCGUGUUGGACAUGUAUUUCGUAAAUCUUCACCAUAUACAUGGCCCGGUGGUGUUAGUCAUAUAUUACAUAAGAAUUUUGUACGUACUGCACUAGUUUGGUUAGAUCAGUAUAGUCGAUUUUAUUUUAUGCUAAAUCCAUCUGCUUUAUCAGUUGACUAUGGAGAUAUUUCUAAACGUAAAAAACUUCGUCAACAAUUAAAUUGUAAAAGUUUUCGUUGGUAUUUAGAGAAAAUUUAUCCUGAAUCAUCUAUUCCAAUUGAUGUGAUAAGAUUAGGUGAAGUUCGUCAUAAAUCUGGUCAAUGCCUUGAUUCUCUUGGUCAUAAACUUGGUGAAACUGUCGGUGUUACACAUUGUCAUGGACAAGGUGGUAAUCAAGUAUUUGCAAUAACUGAAAGUGGUACAAUUCGUGUUCAUGCAGGAUGUAUAGAUGGUGGAGAUAGUCGAAGUAUUGGAACUGGAAUAUUAACUUUUAAAAAAUGUAAAAAGGAUAAUAUCAGUCAAAAAUUUGAAUUUAUCGGAAAUGUAAGUUGUUGCCAUGAUUGUUUUUUUUUGUAAUGAUAAUAGGAUUCUGUUAGUAAAUUUAUUAUGUAGUAGUGAAUAAUAAUAAAUAAUGCCAAAUUCUAUGAUGAAGACAUUUUAGCACUUUAUUGUUAACCGCGGGGUGGCUACUCUAAUUUCUACCGACUGAUCAACUUCAGAUAUCCUAGUAAAACCCCAAUACUGUUCCCCAAUCUCCAAUAUAUCAGAACACGAACCGUAGAUGAAAAUUGUUUAUGAGGUAAGAAUAAUAAUAAUAAUAAUUUACAGACAAAUGCAUAUUUAUACAGUUAGAACUACCGUGAAUAUUGAACAAUAGGGAAACGACACGUCAAAUAAAUAUUGACCAAUAGGGAAGUGACACCAUUUCACGUUCAAGGAUAGCAUUAGACUUAACAGGAUAAUUUUUUGGGGAUAUUUUUCUGAAUAUCCCAACACAUUUUUGUAAUUCCUUUACAUAAAUUACUAUUUGAUUUUACUCAUGAAUUGACUACUAAAUAAUGUAGAUACUAAUCAUUCUUAUGAAUGAUUGGACUACUUAUUGAGUAAAUUGUGGAACUAAUAAAUUUUACUUACCUAUUUAUUUACGCCUGUUACUCCCAAUGGAGCUAGGCCACCGACCAGCAUUCUUUAACUCACUCUGUCCUGGGCGGCCAUCCGUUUUAGUUCUAUCCAGUUGUUGUUCAUUUUUCUCAUGUCUGUAUCCUUAUCUUGACGCAAUGUUUUCUUUGGUCUUCCUCUUCUCUUCAUUUGACCUUGAGGAUUUCAUGUGAGGGCUUAGCUUGUGACGUAGUUCGGUGCUUUCUUCAAUAUGUGUCCUAUCCACUUUCGGCACUUCUUCCUCCGCUGGGAUCUGAUUUGUUCUCUCUCAUAGUAGGUUUUUGCUUAUAGUGUCCGGCCAACGGAUCUGAAGUAUUUUGCGUAGACAACUGUUAAUAAACACACGUAUUUUCUGGAUGAUUGCUUUCGUAUUUCUCCAAUCUACUCAUCUAAUAAAGAUGUCUAAUUAAUUCGAUUGAUUUUAACUUUUGACAUUCUAUCAUUACAUUAUUCAUUUUAAUAGUCAAGACGUUAUUUGAUAAUAUAAAUUGUUUUCGUUUGUUGUUGUUGUUGUUGUUGUUUUCAUUUCAGCUUACUUUGAAUAAAAAACUUGUUUAUAUAGAUAUAUUUCUUUAUUGAAUAGAAACUUCAAAACUUUCUAAAAAUAAAUUAUCAGUUGAUAUAUUUUAUUUAUGUUUUUAUAUGCACAAAUGUAUGGUACCGAUAUUUAUUAAUUGUUGCUCUGAUUGUUAAAAGAGGGGCAUCAACCUUGUGACUUCAGAAGAAUCCGGCCUUUCAUCAUGAGGCGUCAUAAUUCUUCUAAAUGAAGAUCCUUCAACGCCUUGUGCAGAGUUUUUAUGGUUUAUUCUUAUUAGCGUUGCUGGCUCCCAUGCCUAACCUUCUUUCAGUAAAACAAUUUCUAUCUUUUUACUAAUGUUCUUUAAAAAUUAAGCUAAAGUGAAACUACAAUUUAUUUCACUUAUUUUCAUCAUUAAUAUCUAUUACGUCAUAUCACAUUACAGUUUAAUAUGAAUACGAUUAUAAAAGUAAAAUUCACUUGGUAUUGUUUGUUUGAAUCUUCCCAUUGAUGUUUAGGACUGCAAUUGAUCAGUCUCUUAUUGGCGUAUGUGCAUCCUGUGAGGACUUCCUCGAUAUUACCCUAGGUUAGAAGCAUUAUAUGCAUAGGUGGAUAGUGGCUUGCAGUGCAAUCCAGUUUGACGCGCGUUUCGUCCUAUUUCGAACUCGUCAUCUGGAUAUACCUGCAUCUCAGAGUUGAUGUUCACUCUCGGACUCGAACUCAAUACCGUUUGCUCCAAGUACCAUCGUAUUAUCCACUUAGCUUCUAAGUCCUGAUAACCACUUGUUUGUGUAAUAAGUUGAAGUUUAAGCUUACUUGAUAUUUUUUAUUUGAAUCUUCUCAUUGAUCAAUUACAGUCCUAAACAUCCAUCUUUGAUUAUAAAAAUCCCGACCGUAGCUGCUACCUUGACGCGGUGGUCAUACUUGCCUAUCGUGAUGACCCAAUCGAGCUAUAUUGGCUGGAACAUAUGUUCCUGUAGGUUCUACCAUGCCAGGCAGGUCGAUUGGAGAACGGUAAGACCAAAAGCAGCAACUCAAUGUCUGAGGGCGAAGUCGUACUGUUGACUACUGUAGAGAGGUGUGACAGCAGUAAGGUGUUUCCCUCGGACAACCAGCAUCUGCAGCGAUGCUGCCUUCUCACAAGGAAGUAAAGGGUUAGAAAAGGUCGACCCUAAAAAUGUCACACCUCACCUUACCUCACGGAUUUCCGUCUGUGACGGUAAGACCCUUUGAAGAACGGAGCUAAUACAUCAAAAACCUCUCACAAAAAGACCGUGCGCGACCGGCCUCAACAGUUGGAUAAAAACUACAAAAAAAGACAUAAUCAUAAAUUAAUAUUAUUUUUACUUUAGCUUGUUGUAUUUAGCUAAGUUAACAUUGGAAUAGUUGUAUUUAAUGUACAGUAAUUAUUGAAUUUUUAAUCUCCUUGACCUCUUUUGUUUGUUUUAUUAUUUACAUUGAUUGUUUUGUUUUUUUAUUUUUAUAUUUUAAGCAAAUAAUUCAUAAAGCAACAAAAUUGUGCCUUUUAAUUAUAUCAAUUGGUAAAGGUGUACGACUUUCAUUAAGAGUGUGCACUGAUACAAAUGAUUCCUAUUGGACUCUUCCUCCAUUAUUCAAUGAUACAUCAGUUUUAUUGUAAAAAGAAUAAUGUUUUCUACGCCCAUUUAUCUUUUCAGAUGUGGUAUAUAUAUAGUAUUGCUUUAAUUCUUUUAUGUAUACUUUCCACCCAAUAUCUUCUUCCAAAAUGAUGUUACAUCAAUUUAAUGAACAUUUCUUCAAUGAAAAGCCAAGUUUCUUCUGUUGUUCAAUUUAUUUUUUAAUCAACAUUAGAUUUGAGAUAAUUGAUUGUUUUAUCUAACAUACAUAUAAUAUGUGUAUGUGGUCUUAGCAGGUAAUUUUUGUCAAUUUCAUAUGUAUAUUACUUAUAAGUAAUGAUGAAUUUCAUCAAAUUAUUUUGUUGCUUUAAAAUCUAUUAUUUUUUCUUUAAAAAGAAAAAAAAACUUAUUUCUAUUGACUUGAAAACUUUCUAUGUUUGUUUAUAAAAUCGAUAUUGAUACAAAAGCCAUGUAAAUUACAACACCAACAAGUCAACUAGAAAUAUUUAGUUAAGUGUUUAUUUUUAUUCUUCCAACUAUCAAUCUACCUAUCGGAGUGUUUAAAUGGUGGUUGGCAAUAAUCACUACUUUUGUAUAAAAUAAAUUAAGUAUGAUCAGAUCGGCUUCUUUUUACAAAUGUAACCUUUAAUACAACUGUGUAACUGCGCAGAUGGAGUCCAACCA